AAGCAACAGCGAGAGCGAGAGAGAGACAGAGGGAAAAACAGGGAAAAACGACAUCGCAGAACUGUCUCACCGGCACGGGUCACACGGAACAUGGAUUUUCGAAAGCGCCUGCUGUGUAUCGCACGCCCCACUGCUAACUUGGUUUUUCUUCAGUUUUCAACUCAAUUGCACAUUCGCUAGAACAGGUUUCAUGGUCCGCUUCUGCAAUUGCUUGAUUGCUACUGGAAAGAUAAAAACGGACGGGGCUGAGCGAUGUUGUCCUAAAACGUUGAUGUUCCAGAAAAACGGGGGCUAGAUUGGGGUAAAUCAUCAUACGCCUUUUUUUACGUAACGACCUAUGCGGUCAUGCCGCCCUAUACAAGAUUUAGAGACUGAUUGAGUACUACACAGUCAGAUAGUCAAUUCUUGCUACGGGCAUUCAGGCACGUUGUUAAGUCGCGCGUUCCUUGUCAAUGCCAUUCAUAAAAAACCUGAUUGUGGAAUAUCUGGAGUACGCCUUAGCUGUUGAUACUAUUUGGGAGGUUGGAGUUGCAUUUGUCGUUGCAUUACCAUUGACAGAAUGUGUAGUGUCUUGUAUCAGCCAGCAGCAAUAGCGUUUAACACACUCAGAAUGCGUGACGUGUGCAUAUUAGACGUUCAACGUUAGCGACGACAAUUACAGCUUCUGGGUGAUUUCUCCUCCCACGCAAGGGUGAUGUUUACCGACACGCUCCCGUGCGUCCCUCCGCCGAUGCACAUGACUGCAAAAUGGUCUGACUGAUCGCGAUGCACCUGCACCCUUGGAACACACUUCUUCCACGAUAUGCCACACGCGCCGGAAGUUGCAGUUGCAACACGAAAGCUGACUCGACCAGUUUGGUCGCAACAUUGAAGGAAGAGCUCGGUACUGCUAUGAAUUCUCGGUUCCUACUAGUGGCACUGCUAUUGCGGAUAUCACGGGCCGAUUGGGUCGAGAUACCGCAGGUCAAACCAUCGCCUCCGCUAACCCAAGGAGUAUCCAUCAGCACCACAAUCAAACCCGCCACCAUCGACGGUCACGUGUUAUCCCACUCGCAUCUGCUAUUGUCCCAUCUUUCUGGCGACCGGAGAAGAGUGGGCAGUCAUUGGUUGCCAUCUGUAGCUGGUGGUAGUGGCAGUAGCAGUAGUACCUCCUCUUAUAUCCGCUGGCAUCGACCUGUAAAUGAUUUACUCGAAAACCAUGGCCUAAACAUGAGCGAAUCUCGUCGGGUACCAGCCUGGGUGGGUACAACGACCUGGCAAGAAGCACAUCAACACCCGUCCGUUACGCUAGUGAAUAUUUCAAACAAGAUGGAACAGUUGCACGAUGCCGAAAGUGACGAGGACUCGCAUGGCGACGGUCAGUACCCGGUGAUACACACAGAGCUGCUUCCGUUCGGAAAUCGGUACGAGGAAGAGUCGAUCGAAUCGAUCGCUGCGAACGGAGCACCAAAGGCCAUCCUUCAUUAUGUGGCACCGUCCGUGGCUCACUUUGACGAUUUCGAUGACUACGACGAAAUAUUGCCGCAGGUGCAUCAGGUGAAGCCAAAACCUCCGAACAGCGAGAUAGAAGUAGAGGAGGAGGAGGAGUACGUAGAAGAGGAAGACCUAGAAGAGGUGCACGAACCGGAUAGGACCAUCGAGGAAUUUGAAACAGUGGAGCAAGCGAAACUACCGAGUAAUCUUCAUGUGCAUCCCCAACCACCGACGGGACUAGGUGGAUUUCUCGACUUUCUCCGACGCAUGCAGGUCAGCUUCGUGCAGCGAACGGCACACACGAUCGGUGACAAGAUAAGAAUGCUGGCCGGGAUGCGCGAUCAGCUCCUGAGCACCAUUGAGCGACGGAUUGCCGUUCUAUGGCGGGGUAACAACGAUAUGUACCAGUCCGAGCAGCGUAGCCGGGCCAAGCGCGGUUGGAUGGAACCGCACGCAGACACGGAGGCCAUGGACUUCCCGUCAGCCGAAGGGGCGCUGCUUACCAUUUCUUUUCUCACCUUCGCCGUAUUUCUGAUCAAGCUGGUGCUACAGGUGAUCAACACGAUCAAGGCGAAACACUACACGUACAGCACAUUCGCGGCGGCCACACCGGUGUCGGGCGGAUUACUAGUUAAACGCACCCGGCGCCAAACGGUUGAUCCGCACGAACUGCAGGUGAUCCUGGGUGCACUCAAUGGCUUUCGGCCCACGUAGUACACCACCUCAGGCGUGUGCUGCUUACUUUUUGGAGGCAAUUUUACAAGCUGUCUAUAAUUCAUUUCUCAUUUGAUUGAAACACGUGGCACAAGCAAUAAUAAAAAAGGAAAUCGUCUUGCUUUUAA